AUGAUUUUGGAAAUCCGACAUGACAAAAGAAAUGUCAAGAACAACAUGCAGAUCAAAGCCUUGACAAAUGAGUCGAAUGUCCUGAAGAAUGAGUCGAUUUUCCUGAAGAUUGAGUCGAAUGUCCUGAAGAUUGAGUCGAAUAUCCUGAAGAUUGAGUCGAAUGUCCUGAAGAUUGAGUCGAAUGUCCUGAAGAUUGAGUCGAUUUUCCUGAAGAAUGACUCGAAUGUUCUGAAGAAUGAGUCGAAUGUCCUGAAGAUUGAGUCGAAUUUCCUGAAAAAUAAGUCGAAUUUCCUGAAGAAUGAGUUGAGUGUCCUAAAGAAUGAGUCGAAUGUCGUGAAGAAUAAGUCGAAUGUCCUGCAGAAUGAGUCGAAUGUCCUGAAGAUUGAGUCAAAUGUCCUGAAGAAUGAGUCGAAUGUCCUGAAGAAAGAGUCGAGUGUCCUGCAGAAUGAGUCGAAUGUCCUGCAGAAUGAGUCGAAUGUCCUGAAGAAUGAGUCGAAUGUCCUAAAGAAAGAGUCGAAUGUCCUGCAGAAUGAGUCGAAUGUCAUGCAGAAUGAGUCGAAUGUCUUGAAAAAUGAGUCGAAUUUCCUAAAGAAUGAGUCGAUUUUCCUGAAGAAUGUGUCGAAUAAUGAGUCGAAUGUCCUGAAUGAGUCGAAUGUCCUGAAGAAUGAGUCGAAUGUCCUAAAGAAAGAGUCGAAUGUCUUGAAAAAUGAGUCGAAUUUCCUAAAGAAUGAGUCGAUUUUCCUGAAGAAUGUGUCGAAUUUCCUAAAGAAUGAGUCGAUUUUCCUAAAGAAUGAGUCGAAUGUCCUGAAGAUUGAGUCGAAUGUCCUGCAGAAUGAGUCGAAUGUCCUGAAGAAUGAGUCGAAUGUCCUAAAGAAAGAGUCGAGUGUCCUGCAGAAUGAGUCGAAUAAUGAGUCGAAUGUCCUGAAGAAUGAGUCGAAUGUCCUGAAGAUUGAGUCGAAUAUCCUGAAGAUUGAGUCGAAUGUCCUGCAGAAUGAGUCGAAUGUCCUGAAUGAGUCGAAUGUCCUGAAGAAUGAGUCGAAUGUCCUAAAGAAAGAGUCGAAUGUCUUGAAAAAUGAGUCGAAUUUCCUAAAGAAUGAGUCGAUUUUCCUGAAGAAUGUGUCGAAUGUGCUAAAGAAUGAGUCGAAUGUCCUGAAGAUUGAGUCGAAUGUCCUGAAGAUUGAGUCGAAUGUCCUGAAGAAUGAGUCGAAUGUCCUAAAGAAAGAGUCGAGUGUCCUGCAGAAUGAGUCGAAUGUCUUGAAAAAUGAGUCGAAUUUCCUAAAGAAUGAGUCGAUUUUCCUAAAGAAUGAGUCGAAUGUCCUGAAGAUUGAGUCGAAUGUCCUGCAGAAUGAGUCGAAUGUCCUGAAGAAUGAGUCGAAUGUCCUAAAGAAAGAGUCGAGUGUCCUGCAGACUUAG